CCCAGUUGCAGAAAAGAUGAGCACCCGUUGAUCACACUCAAAUUAGGCGUUCUAAGAUGAUGGUGGCGAACGGAUGGAUGGCAGGUAGGCAGCUGAUUUCUGGGCUGCGGCUGUGUUGUUGUGCUGCCAUCCCCGCAUAUCUACUAGGAUCCCCGCCAACGGUAUAGUUCAACUCCCCACUUUCGGUCUCGUCCCCUCCCUCUAGCCCCUUACCUGUUUGUCACCAUGAGUCUUCCCCUGCCUCGCACGUCGUUGCCCGAAGAGAACAAGCCAAGCUCAUACAAGCACGGUAGAUUGUUUACCGAGGAAGAGGUAGCUCAGCAUAACAAAGAAGGGGAUGUGUGGAUCAUUAUCGACUCUAAAGUCUACGACGUAUCCAAGUUCGCCGACAUGCAUCCUGGCGGAGCGUCAGUCUUCUACCCCGAAACAGUUGCUGGAAGAGAUGCCACAAAGGUCUUCUUUGGACUUCACCGACAUGAAGUACUUCUCCGCCCGCAAUACUCUCGCCUGCAGAUUGGCACGAUUAUCGGGCAAGAAGAGAAAAUUAAGCCACCCGCGCCAGGAGCGUUGUCGCAGGUGCCCUAUGCAGAGCCGACGUGGCUUGUCAACGGCUAUUUCAACCCGUAUUACAAUGACAGCCACCGCAGAUUCCACAAGGCCGUCCGGACGCUGUUCACAGAAGUCAUCCAACCUGAUGCACUUGCUCGUGAAAUGGACGGGAAAAGGAUGAGCCCAGAGGUCGUGCGGGCAUUGGCGGACAACAAUAUCAUUGGCAUGCGUCUGGGCCCCGGGAAACAUCUGAAGGGUCGGUCAUUGAUGGGAGGGGUCAUUACGCCGGAAGAGUUUGACUACUUCCAUGAGUUCAUCAUCGACUUGGAACUUGGUCGCCUCGGAAUGCGCGGGUACUCCGACGCGUUUAUGGCGGGUGUCCUGAUCGGUCUUCCGCCCGUGCUCAACUUCGGCUCGCCAGAGCUGUGUGCGAAAGUAGUACCCGACGUAUUAAACGGAAAGAAGUUCGUCGCCUUGGCAAUCAGUGAGGCCUUUGCUGGCAGCGAUGUUGCCGGCAUGCAGACCACCGCAGUCAGGGACGGCGAUUACUGGAUUAUCUCAGGAACCAAGAAGUGGAUUACGAAUGGUACAUUCGCGGACUACUUCACUACGGGAUGCAGAACAAGGGACGGCCUCACCGUUAUCUUGAUUCCACGAGGGGAAGGCGUAAAUACCAAACCACUCAAGACGUCGUACUCCUCGGUCGCCGGGACGGCCUACGUCACCUUUGACAAAGUGCGAGUUCCCAUCGCGAACACGCUUGGUAAAGUGGGCGGUGGCCUUGCCGUCAUCCUCAGCAACUUCAACCACGAGCGGUGGACUGUGGCUGCUACCAGUCUGGGCACGCAGAGGUUCAUCCUGGAGGAAUGUCUCAAGUGGGCGAACCAACGACAAGUGUUUGGAAAACCCCUCGCUUCCCAGCCCGUCAUCCGCGCCAAGCUCGCGAGCAUCAUAUCUAGGGUCGAAGCAUGUCAGAAUUGGAUGGAGUCAGUCACGCAUCAAAUGUGCAACAUGUCGUAUAAGGAGCAAUCUGAUAAGCUAGCAGGACCUAUUGCCCUUGCGAAGCAAUUCGUCUCCAGAACAGGUCGCGAGACUGCGGAGGAUGCUACUCAGAUCUUUGGCGGCCGUGGUAUCACGGUGACAGGUAUGGGCAAGUACAUAGAGAAUUACCAUCGCACGUCACCAUAUGAUGCUAUUCUGGCUGGAGCUGAAGACGUCCUCGCCGAUCUAGGCGUCCGCCAGGCAAUCAAGAAGAUGCCUUCGGAUGCACGGCUGUAG